CAUCUUUAAUGUUUAAACCAGCAUGACAGAGUGAAGUGGGCGGGGUAAUCUUAUACAGGUCACAAGAGAAGAAACUGCUUCUUUUCCAUGACAAACUUAAUGUGCGUGCAGAGAUGUUGCACAAAAUUAUUAAUUUGACAGUGAGGGACGUGAGAUUCCCGACGUCUCUGGAGCAGCACGGCUCAGACGCGAUGCACGCUGACCCGGAUUACUCGGCCGCCUAUGUGGUCCUCGACACGGACUGCGGGCUUAAAGGUUUCGGCCUCACAUUCACUUUAGGAAAAGGCACCGAGAUCGUGCUGUGUGCUGUGAAGGCCCUUGCAGAACUGGUUGUUGGCAAAUCGUUGCAGGAGAUUGUGAGCAACUUCCGUGGGUUUUACCGCCUCCUGACCAGUGAUGGCCAGAUGAGAUGGUUAGGCCCAGAGAAAGGAGUGAUCCAUCUGGCCACCGCUGCAGUCUUGAAUGCUGUGUGGGAUCUGUGGGCGAGGGCUGAGGGCAAGCCGCUGUGGAAGCUGCUCGUCGACAUGGACCCAAAGCAGAUUUUGUCAUGCAUUGACUUCAGAUACAUCACUGAUGUUCUCACAGAGGAGGAAGCUCUGGACAUACUUGUGAAAGCACAGGAGGGAAAGCAGCAGAGAGAGGAUCAGAUGCUGAAGGAGGGUUAUCCUGCUUAUACCACCUCCUGUGCUUGGCUUGGAUACUCAGACCAGCAGCUGAAGCAGCUCUGCUCAGAUGCUCUUAAAAGCGGUUGGACCAGGUUUAAGGUGAAGGUCGGUGCUGACCUAGAGGAUGACAUACGCAGGUGCUGCCUCAUCAGGCAAAUGAUUGGACCCAGUAGCACCUUGAUGAUCGACGCCAACCAGAGAUGGGACGUAGCUGAGGCCAUAAGUUGGGUGUCCAGACUGGCUGAGGUCAAACCUCUUUGGAUCGAGGAGCCCACGUCUCCAGAUGACAUCCUGGGUCAUGCUGCUAUUUCUAAGGCUUUGGCUCCACUUGGGAUUGGAGUGGCAACAGGCGAGCAGUGUCACAACAGGGUGAUGUUUAAGCAGUUCCUGCAGGCCUCUGCGCUGCAGUUUGUCCAGAUAGACAGCUGUAGGCUGGGCAGUGUCAACGAGAACCUGGCUGUGCUGCUGAUGGCCCACAAGUUCCAAGUGCCUGUGUGUCCUCAUGCUGGAGGAGUCGGGUUAUGUGAGCUUGUCCAGCAUCUGAUUCUGUUUGAUUACAUCUGUGUGUCUGCAGAUCUCAGGAACCGAAUGUGUGAAUAUGUAGACCACCUCCAUGAGCACUUCACUAGUCCUGCAGUGAUUCAAGACGCCCACUACAUGCCCCCAAAGGAUCCAGGCUAUUCUUGUGAGAUGCUGGAAGCAUCUGUGAACAGACAUGAGUACCCUGAAGGAGACAUUUGGAAACUGGAAAUCAACAAAUAAGAGCUAUAUUUUAAAGAUUUUUAUAUUUGUACUGUGCAAGUCCUGAGCCACCCCUCAUUACUUUAUAUUUUGCUAGGAGAGUGGGAAAUAAGUGCAGAGAUUCAUUAAAACAUACAUGUAAAUACA